AUGUGCACAGGUGGAGGUGGUGGUUGGGGACCUGGAGGAGGGUGGGGCCCACAGGGUGGUGGGGGUGGUGGUGGAUGGGGAGGUGGACCGUACAGUGGAGGUGGGGGUGGUUGGGGAAAUGGCGGUGGAGUUGGUGGGGGUGGCUGGGGAAAUAGUGGGGGUGGUGGUGGUGGUGGAGUCGGUGGCUGGAGCGGGCCUGGAAUUGGGAGCAUAGGCAGUUCCGGUUAUGGUGGGGGGAAGCUUGGGGGCGGUGGAAGCGGAAUCGGCGGAGGUGGCUGGUCUGCAGGAGGAGGAGGGGGGAAUGGUGGGGGAUUUGGCUGGAGUGGGGUCGGUGGGGCCGGUGGAGGGAAAUUAGGCGGUGGCGGCAUCGGGGGAGGAGGAUGGCGCAAAAAUGAUCUCGGGGAUGGCCUAGAAAGUGAAGAACAUGAAGAAUAG